CGCUGCGGUCGCUUACGCGCGCGAUUGAGGGGGGUGGUGUGUAUGUGUGCCAAGUGGUUUCUGUUUCCGUGCUACGUUUGAAGCCUGCAAUUCCUUUGAUGCGAAUUACGAUCUUGUCGCUUGCUCGGGCUGCUCGGCUUUGAUCAAACUGUUCGGCGGUGAGCGCGAUUCCCGUGCGAGAAAAAGCGCACUCUUUUUGACGAGGGCGAUCUCUGCCAGCGCAGUCGCACCGCGCUGCUGAAGUGCCGAUGUGUGCGGCGCUUCACCGGUUUUUCGCACGGCUAUGACAGUAAAUUGGGAGAGCAGAGUGAUCAACUAUGAGACGGAGCGCAAGGAGCGUCGGGGUACUCUGGAAGAGGUGACGGACCACCCACUGAGGACCAAUGUCAUCACAGAGCAGCGGCGCCAGUCUUCGACAGAGCGGUUGCGUCUGACCACCACGUCGUGGAGCGGUCCCGACCCUCUGUCCAUCAGCGAGGGAGCCGACCCGCUUUCGGCAAUGGCCAGCGAGCAGCCGGAUCUGGACGUGCCGAGUUCUUCUGUUGCCGAGGAGGGUCGCAGUCGGCAGGCGGUCUCGCCACGUUUCGAGCCGUGGGAGAACAAGAAGGCUGGCAUACUGGCCAAGUACUCGACUGCCGAAAAGCUUUCCAUUGCCACGAGCUUUCUUUCUGGUGGUGAGAAAGUGGUGGUGAAGACGCAGAGUUCUGUGACGGAUAAGGUCAAGAAUCGGCUCGAGCAGUUGGACGACUUCGAAGAAGGCUCGGUGCGGGAGAUGUUGAACCUGUCCCAGCAGGAGUACACCACUCGCAUCGAGGAGCUGCACCAGGCCCUGCGCCAGGCGUGGGACCAAGACCAGCGUGUGCGCGCACUGAAGAUUGCCAUUCAGUGCUCCAAACUUCUGGUGGACACGUCGGUGGUGCAGUUCUACCCGAGCAAGUUUGUCCUGAUCACCGACAUUCUGGACAACUUCGGCCAGCUGGUGUACCAGCGUAUCCACUCCAAGGCUGAGUACCUCAAGCCUGGAAGCAAGGUGCCCGUCCCCCUUCCAGCGGACUUCACGCCAGACCAGGUGCCCGAGUCCGCCAAGGAGACGUGCCGCAACUGGUUCUUCAAGAUAGCCUCGGUGCGCGAGCUCAUCCCCCGGUUCUACGUGGAAACGGCCAUCCUUCGCUGCUGCAGCUUUCUCACCCGAAGAGAAUAUUCGGGGGUACUGCUCCGGCUGACGGGCACCAUCUGUGGCAUAGGCGAUCCUCUGGUUGCUGCUUACGCGCGGUGCUACCUCUGCAGGGUUGGCAUGUCGGUUGCCCCCGAGGUCCAGGAACAUGUCCUAGAGAAUUUUUGGCAGUUCCUACUCACAUAUCCUCAGCUUGAGCGGCCGGUGGUGCAGCAGCUGCUGCGGCAGCAGAAGCUGGACCUGUCCACCUACUUGACCCUGUACUGCCCGGCGCUGGACUGGAUCCUGCAGUGCGUCGCCCACGGUGCCUCCGAGAACCUGCUGGACCAGGUGCUGGCACGAUGCAAGGCGCAGUGCAACAGCGCCCUGCUGCUCAACUCCAUCAUGACUGCCUUCCGACCCGAGUUUGUGGCCUAUCGGGCCCUCGAGUUUGUCAGCCUCAUGAGGGACUGCGACGAUGCCUCGUUCCCCAAGCAUGUGCUCCUGCGCACGCUGGGGCUGUGCCUAGUGUUGGCCGACCCACCCGAGGACCAGCGACGACAAGUGCUGAGCCAGGCCUGGAAGGCCAUCGCCAAGCUGCGCAGUCCCGCCGACUACCUGAGCUGCGUAGAGGUCUGGAUCGAGUUCCCUUGCAAGCACUUCACGGUGCGCGAGGUGGACGCCCUGCUGGGUGCCCUGGUGCGCCAGCUCGUUCCGGACCGGGCGUAUGAGCAGCACCCCCAGCAGCUGGCCCGUGUCGUCGAGCGCCUGCUGCAGCACGUCACCGACUUUGGCCGGCUCUGCGCCAUGGAGCACUUCCUGCCCUUGCUGGACCUGCUGCCCCGCGAGGGGGACGCGCGGGUCCGUGGCUGCAAGGCCGUCAUGGCCGCUUUCCUGGCCCAACAGAAGGAGCCCACUCGUGACCCCCUGGUGCUGCACGCGCUGAUGCACGUCGGCCAGGCCCUGCACGCAUCGCUCAACGCGCUCGCCCUGGAAGACGAGCGGCGUCACAUCGGCCAGCUGCUCUGCGGAUUCUUGCAGAGGGUCGGCUUUGGCCGAGACUUCGAGCAGCAGUUGGCGUUCUACGUGGACGCCCGCGCUGCAUUCAGCGCGCUCGACCCCGUGCUUGUGCAGUUGGUUCAGGACGUAAACCUGCUGGCCAUGCGUACCCGCCAAGUCAUCAAGGGCCAUCACACUCGCAAAACAGCUGCCUUUGUUAGGGCGUGCGCGGCCUACUGCUUCAUCACGAUCCCGUCCCUGAGCAGCGUGCAGUCGCGGCUCGAGCUCUACCUGCUGUCGGGACAAACGGCGUAUCUCAACCAGUGCCUUUCACAAGGCGACGCGUUCCUGCAAGCAGCCAUCGAGCUCCUCCCAGAGUUGCCUCCCUACGUGGAGCCCGAGGGGGGCAGUGGCACCUCGACUCAGCGAACCAGCACUGAGCCGUUCCUGGUGUCGUAUGCGAGCAGCCUGCUGUCGACGCUGCUGGUGGUGCCGGACCAUCCAGAGCACGAGCCUCUGCGGCUGCUGCGCGGACUGCUGCAGGUGCUGCACGAGCGGCCAGCAUCCACGUGGACCAGCUCGGGGGGUGAUGGCCGGGCACGCAUCUUUCUCAAUGCGCUCAACCUGCUUGUGGCGCUUGGGCAGGAACACUACCUCUAUCACUUGGACAAAGUGGAUUCCAAUGACGCGCUGUAUGGCGGCGACCCAAAGUUCCGGGCACAGUUGGAACAGCUGUGCACCAGCGUGCUGGAUCAGCUGCUUUCGCAUCUACGUGCACUCGGCGAAGCUGGGCAUGUGGAGCGACAAGCACGGCUGGCCUUGGAGCUUCUGCAGAGGCUGGUGAUCGGAGCAAACUUGGAGAGACGACCGCUCUUCUCCUUGGCGGUCAGCCUGUGGGGCCUGGCUCAUCGAAAUGCUGCCCUGGAUCACCGUGCUUCGGUGCGCUGCCUCGAGUUUGUCAAGAAGCGAGCAAGCAAGGCUGGAAACAAGGGCCCUUAUGCCGAGCUAGCCACCAAGUUGCAGAUCCCUUCGCCGGUCUGAGGCCCUGCCCCAUCUUCGCACUUUGUUCUCGAAACCGAACUCGGUUGCGCCGUCUCUGCUGACCCCGGCAAGGUUGAAGCUACUUGCAGCUUUCAGAUCACCCUCGUGCAACUUGGGCAAGGAGAGCUUGGCGUAAGCUCGUAGAAACUCCCUUCUGCUUACGUGACAAGUCGUCAAAAUACGGAAGUGCGAAGACAUUGUUGUCCCAUAAAGAUGUACAAUGAUCUAAACGGAGAAGUUGCGACAUUGUGCACCACCAAUCUAUGGUCCCAAAAGUAAUUUUGAUCGAGGCUUCUGCUGUGCGAAGUCUCUGAACUGCUGUAGCCAAGCCCAUUGGCAGGAGCAUAGAAAAUAAAUAUGUGCGACAGA